UCAGUAGGACUUCCGCUAUACCCGAUUUGCGCAAAUUGCCUACCUGUGUCGGAGCGACGAAGUGCGUGCUGAUAGUUGUAUGCAUUGCAGUGAAAGUGGUGGGAAUACACAACACACUCUGUCUGCCCAAGACAAUCUCCGAUAAAUAAAAGCACCGAAUACCGAGCGCUCGCUAAAUAGACCUGUCCGAGGCACGCAUUUGAAUAUAUCCUCUCGCGCGCUCCGCUCACAAAGAAAACUUCUUCGGAAGAACAGAAACGUAUUCACCACUUUCUUGUGAUCAUUCGGGUUGUGAUACUUCAGCAAAGGAAGAGUGUGAUUUUUUAUUUUGUAUACAUUUGGUGAUUACAUUUGGGUUUGCGCAAAAGGAUGAAGGACGCAAUCGGUGUUUGGAGUCGCAUCCUGGGAAGGUCCUACUCGUCGGUGGCAACGCGCGCCUUCGAACAUGAAGAAGACAAUUUCGUGAGGAACGCACAGAAAAACCAAAAACGUAACAGGGAUAACAAUCAUUUAAGGAAAAAAUACAAAAGUUACUUUUCUAUAGCGCUCGUCGGUCUCAUGUUCGUUUUCGGCGGUCUUUUCGUCCUCGUCGCGAAUCCUUACGAUGUCAUCUUCAAUUGGAAAAUCACGUUUAGCGAAGGCGGCGAAAUCUUCGAAAUCUGGCGAAAACCACCGGUCGAUCUCUAUCUACGCGUAUUCCUCUUCAACGUGACAAACAGGGAAGCCUUCCUCAGCGGAAAGGAAAAACUCAAGGUGCAAGAAGUUGGACCAUAUGUAUACAGGGAGAUGAUGUCCCACGAGAACAUCACCUUCAACGAGAACGGUACAGUGUCCGCGGUGCCGACGCAUCCUCUGGUCUGGAUGCCCGAGCUGUCCGUCGGUGAUCACGAAACGGAUCAGCUGAUCCUGCCGCACAUCGCCCUGCUGAGCAUUGCGGAUGUUGUGUCGGACAAGUCGUAUUUUACGAAAUUAGGAUUGAAUCUGCUCAUCAGACAGACGGACACUCAUCCGCUGGUCCAGAUGAGCCCCAAGGAAUUCAUGUUCGGAUAUCCGAGCACCCUGAUGACACUAGGCAACAAGUUCCUGCCGGGUUGGAUCAACUUCGAGAAGCUGGGUUUAAUCGAUCGGAUGUACAACUUCGAGGGGGAUUACGAGACAGUCUACACCGGCGAAGAAGACUCAUCGUUGUCCGGGCUUCUGGACACGUACAACGGAUCACCGCAGAUGCCGGAAUGGAAAGGCCGUUGCGGCUACGUUCGAGGCGCCUCCGACGGCAUGAAGUUCCAGAGUCACAUCAAGGACAACGACACGCUACUGUUCUUUAGGAAGAGCAUGUGCAGACCGCAGUACCUGAUCAAAGAGAACGAGACCUUCGCUUCCGGCUUGAUCGGAAACGUGUAUCGCUUCCCGAAGAACGGCAUGGACAACGGAAAGUACGACUCGGAGAACUCUUGCUAUUGCAGAGAUAAUAAAUGUCUUCGGAGCGGACUUCUGGAUGUGCGCGAAUGCUACUACGGCUUCCCCAUUGCUCUCAGCUAUCCGCACUUCUUGGAUUCCGAUCAGAGUAUCAUCGAUGAAGUUGACGGCUACGUCCCGGACAGGCAGAAGCACGAAACCUAUUUCGUUAUCCAACCUAAAUCAGGACUUCCAUUGGAUUUGGCAGUCCGAUUCCAGAUUAACAUGGCUUUAGGUAAAAUCGGGUCCAUAGCGCACGUCUCGCGAUUUGAUAACAUGGUGUUGCCGCUGCUCUGGACAGAAAUCAGACUGUACUCGUUACCAGAUAGCAUGGCGAUGCGCUUCAAGAUGUACCUGAACGUCUUCCCGGUGAUGACGACGAGCAUAAUGUGGGCGCUGUUCGCACUCGGCAUCACCUUCGUCCUCGUCGCCGUCGUUCGAUACGCCCGGCGGAACGGCCACCGAGCCUCCACCUCGAAAUCCUUCAACUGGGCCGACGACGACGUCGAAACGGAGAGGAUGGACAGCAAAUUGACAGCGUACAAGAAAGAGACGAUGACCAACAAAGAGCUCGAGGUGUACUUCAACAGCUUGGUGGCUCCGCUCAACCAGGAGCUGGAGCAGCUCAACUACGAACCGUUCCAGGACAAAUCCAUUAGUGGCAAUCACUAGCAGCAGCAGCAGCAGCACAGUGCGCGAGAGAUAAAGACUUCAGUGUUUUAUAUCUUCAAUUCCUUGAUUGUUAUAAAUAAUACGAAAUGAAUCGAGAGGAAAUUCGUUUCAUCUUCGCAACAUUCGGCCCAACCUAAAAAACUCUCCAUUAAUUGCAGCGGGAUGUACUUAACAUUGUUUUAAGGGAAGAGGACAGUAUUCGAAUUUUUAUUUCUUGUUUUAUUUUUAUUUUUUUUUACUUGUUGAAUAAUGCUCAAGAGAAUAGAAAACGUUAUUAAUUGUAUAUGUAACAUUAUUAUUAUUAUUUUUGUACGUGAUAGCACAUCGCAGUGUCUACUUAGGUCCUAGUGUUUAGAUAUAUAUUUUUUAGUAGUCUAAGAUCAAGUGGUUCGGAUAGUCAGUAUUAAAAGAAAAAGAAAAAUAAACUCGAAAAGCAGGAAAUCUUGCCACGCAAAUUUUGUUUCUUCUUCAUUAUUAUUUUGUUUUUAACGAAGGAAAUUGGUGUUUAACUCGUUUAUACUAUAUUAGUUGUUUAGUGAUACGUUUAUCUUAUUACUGUGUUUUAUUACCAUUAACUUCGAGUUUUCACUUACUUGAUUAUUGUCCAAAAUUGUUGUGUAAUUGUGUCUGUA